UUUGCUAUCAAGAUUUCGUAAAGAAUAGUAGGCUUUUAUGUAAAGCCAGAAAAACUAGUUUGUAAUCUCAAGUUGACAACCACUGAGAUCUCGAAACGCGCCGUGGUGUGGGUUAUACGCGUGAUUUUACUUUUACGUUCGUUCCAGCAUUGCCACUCAGUGAAAAGCCACUCGAUCGGCAACAUGCUCGAGUAGCCUGUACUCCGUGUGUAAUAAUUAUCUCUUAAUGUAGCUCGAAGUCAGUUGCUUCAGUUACUCUUAGUGAAAAAAGUGUACUUUUAAGAUUAAUAGAUUCAAUAUUAAAACCUUGUAUUUAAAAAUUUGUUGGGUUUGGGAUUUCUUUUUUAGUUGUAUAGUCAUUUCUAAAGGUAGCAGUAUCGAGGGAUAGUCUUUAACGUUGUGACAAUAAAUCUUAGAAUAGACUCUUUGUUGUGCGCAGUAGGCGUAAGACGUUUAUAAAAAAUUUUACUUUGAACUUGGUGCUAGUGUUCAAAUUUUUGGGAAAACAAUGGCAGCUGCAUCAUCAUUGGUUGUUUCCAAAGAUAUCCCGGAUAUCGAGAAUCUACUGAGCUUGAAUCCAAGAACGAAACCUUACGCCAGUGUCGUUCCAUCGUCGCAAACCAAACAAAACAAGCAGCACUGGAAGAGGAACAUUCAUUCAAAGUGCGACAGCUGCACCCCCCUGACGAAGAACUUCGACGAUAUCAAGCACACGACGCUGAGCGAACGCGGAGCUUUGUACGAAGCUUCCCGUUGCUUGAAAUGUGCCGACGCGCCUUGCCAAAAAUCAUGCCCCACUCAACUGGACAUCAAAUCCUUCAUCACAUCGAUAUCGAACAAGAACUACUACGGCGCUGCCAAGGCCAUUUUCUCGGACAAUCCUUUGGGACUGACCUGUGGCAUGGUCUGUCCAACCAGUGAUCUCUGCGUGGGAGGAUGCAACCUUUUCGCCAGCGAGGAAGGCCCCAUCAACAUCGGCGGCUUGCAGCAGUUUGCUACUGAUAUAUUCAAGCAGAUGAACAUACCGCAAACGAGAAUACCCGGACAAACAGUAGCGCAUGCAAAUACCAAGAUCGCUAUGAUAGGCUGCGGACCGGCGUCUCUAUCGUGCGCCACUUUUCUAGCUCGUCUUGGCUACGACGACAUAACGAUAUUCGAAAAGCAAAAAUAUGUCGGCGGCUUGAGCGCUGCCGAGAUCCCGCAAUACAGGCUUCCAUACGACGCCGUGUCUUUCGAGGUUGAUCUCGUUAGGGAUCUAGGCGUGAAAAUCGAAUUUGGAAGAGAACUAUCGGAGAAAGAUCUGACCGUUAAAAAGUUGCAAAACUCUGGCUAUGAAGUUAUAUUCCUGGGCUUUGGAUUGCCCGAACCGAAAUCCGUGCCGAUUUUCGAUGGUCUCACCCCGGAAAUGGGUUUCUACACCUCGAAAAACUUUUUGCCAGCUGUAUCGCAGGGCAGCAAACCCGGAAUGUGCGCCUGCAAGUCAACCGGAUUGCCCAAUCUCUACGGUAACGUCGUUGUUCUGGGCGCUGGAGAUACAGCUUUCGAUUGCGCUACAUCGGCUCUGAGGUGUGGAGCUAAAAAAGUUUUUGUCGUGUUCCGACGAGGCUUUACCAACAUUCGUGCUGUACCAGAGGAGAUGGAACUCGCUAAAGACGAAAAAUGUGAAUUUAUUCCCUUCGCGUCACCGAAGAAAGUCAUCGUCAAAGGCUCGAAAAUCACUGCUAUCGAGUUUUACAGAACGGAACAAGAUGAGAAUGGCGAAUGGAAAGAGGACGAGGAUCAAUUAGUUAGAUUGAAAGUCAGCUUCGUUAUUUCUGCCUUCGGUUCCGGCCUUUAUGAUUCUGCUGUUAAAAAUGCUCUGGAGCCAGUGAAACUGAACAGAUGGGGUACCCCAGAAGUUGAUGGAAAUAGCAUGAGGACAACUAUUCCUGGAGUCUUUUGCGGAGGUGAUCUUGCUGGAGUUUCUCAGACCACUGUGGAAUCGGUUAACGAUGGAAAAACUGCUUCUUGGUAUAUCCACAAGUAUAUACAGGAAAAACAUGGCCUUACGGUACCAAAAGAACCCCAGCUACCCAAGUUCCACACUCCCAUAGACGACGUCGAUCUUAGCGUCGAAGUAUGCGGAAUUAAAUUUGAAAAUCCAUUCGGACUGGCAUCCGCGCCACCCGCAACAUCUUGUGCAAUGAUUCGUAGAUCAUUCGAAGCUGGAUGGGGAUUCGCAGUUACCAAAACGUUUGGUUUAGAUAAGGACAUGGUUACCAAUAUAUCUCCUCGAAUAGUUAAGGGCACAACAGACGGUUAUCACUAUGGCCCAGAACAAAGUAGUUUCUUAAACAUUGAAUUGAUCUCGGAAAAGACAGCUGCUUAUUGGUGUAAGGGUAUAACGGAAUUGAAGCGAGAUUUUCCGGAAAAGGUGGUUAUUGCUAGUAUUAUGUGCACAUACAACAAAGCCGACUGGACGGAGCUGGCACAAAUGGCUGAAGCCACAGGCUGUGAAGCAUUAGAACUGAACUUGUCCUGUCCUCAUGGUAUGGGUGAGAAAGGCAUGGGCUUGGCAUGUGGACAAGAUCCCGAAUUGGUAAGAAACAUCGCAAGGUGGGUAAGAGCAGCUGUAAAAAUACCAUUCUUCGUCAAACUGACACCCAAUAUAACAGAUGUAGUUGCACUCGCAAAAGCAGCCUAUGAAGGUCAAGCUGACGGAGUAUCGGCCAUUAACACGGUUCAGGGUCUUAUGAGCGUCAAGGCCGACGGUACACCCUGGCCUGCUGUGGGAUCAGCGAAAGCCACAACGUACGGUGGAGUGUCCGGAAAUGCAACGCGACCCAUAGCUCUUAGGGCAAUUUCAAAAGUAGCCAAAGCACUUCCAGGAUUCCCGAUUCUUGGAAUCGGAGGUGUCGAUUCAGCAGAAGUUUCACUUCAGUUCCUUCAAUGUGGAGCUCGAAUUCUGCAGGUUGGAAGUGCCAUACAAAAUCAAGAUUUCACGUUGAUUGAAGACUACACAACAGGUCUGAAAGCUUUGCUAUACUUGAAGAGCGUAGGACACUUGAAGGGCUGGGAUGGCCAGAGUCCACCAACUUUCAAACAUCAGAAAGGCAAACCUGUUUCGCUCCAACACGCAUUGGGACAGAGCGUUCCAUACUUCGGAGAAUAUCAAAAAUUACGAGAAAAGAAGGCUGCUGAAAUCAAGGAACAGUCUAAUUUACUGGACGUAGAAUUAAAGCCAACGAGACCAGCGCCCAAACCGGUUCAGCCAAUUCCUACUAUCAACGACCUGAUCGGAAAAGCGUUGCCACACAUCGGAAAUUAUACACAGCUCGACAACAAAAAGCAAGUCGUUGCUCUCAUCGACGACGACAUGUGCAUUAACUGCGGUAAAUGUUAUAUGGCGUGCGCUGAUUCUGGUUACCAAGCUAUCCAGUUCAAUGCUGAAACGCAUAUACCCAAGGUAACGGACGACUGUACCGGAUGCACACUCUGCCUAUCUGUGUGUCCUAUCAUCGACUGUAUAACUAUGGUUCCGAAAAAAAUUCCACACGUCAUAAAGAGAGGAAUUCCACCGAAGGGAAUCACCGAACUUCCAGCGUAACUGGCGUAGUCAUUUUUAUUACGAUUCUAUCUACUAUUAGCUUAAAAGUCGAAAAUUUCCUUCCAAGUUAAGAGUUAAUAUCAAUUUCUUUUGAACCUAUUCUACUUGUCAAGCUGCUGGCAGUACCAUCAAGUGCACGAUGUAUAAUGAGUUAAUUUUUUACUGACUUACUGAUAAAUAAAUGCGUAAAUUUACGCGAAAUAAAGUUAUAAAAAAA